UCGUAGGUGGAAAGCUCCGGCUCCCGGAGGCAGGGCUCGCUGCCGGCAUCCAGAAGAAGCGCGGGCGGAGGAGGUCGGUACGCGCUGGGUGCUGCAGACCUAUCCCGGUGGCCAUGGCGAGCGGCGCACGGCGACCACCGGAGUGGCGCAGCGGUGUCAGUGGAGCCAUCCUUCCUGCUGAGAAAACUUUGUUCACCCUCCAGGUCUUGGCCAAGCCCAGCGAACAUCCUGUGAUCUUUCCGGUUUGAUCCCUGUGUGUUUCUGUGCCGUGUAUUGCCCUACAUGCUAAGCACCUGUUAGCAGAUUCUUGAUCAAGUACUUACUCCAUGGAUCCAGGCCAGGUUCGUCCCAUGGCCUGCCCUGAGCAGCGUACAGUCUGAGAGAAGAUUCCCUCGGCAAAACCAUCUCUUGCCUUACGGAACAAGCAAAGAAGAUGGACCUACUGAGGAGCCAUCUGACUGUGUGCUUACCACCUUCUGUGCCCUUUUUAAUCCUAGUCUCCACUCUAGCAACCGCCAAGAGUGUAACCAACAGCACUUUAAAUGGCACGGACGUGGUCUUUGGCUCUGUGCCUGUCAUCAUUGCCAAAACUGACCAUAUCAUCACCAAGGAGGGGAGCAGCGCCUUGAUUAACUGCAGUGUCCGUGGCGGCCCUGACCUAGCGUUUAAGUGGUAUAACUCUGUUGGCAAGCUGCUGGAAGAAGGGGAGGAGGACACGGAGAGAGGAGGAGGAAAAUGGCAAAUGUUGCAUGGCGGCCUCCUGAACAUCACCAAGGUGUCCUUCUCAGACAGAGGUAAAUACACGUGUGUGGCGUCGAACAGCUAUGGCACCGUAAACAACACAGUGACCCUGCGAGUCGUCUUUACCUCUGGAGACAUGGGUGUGUACUAUAUGGUUGUGUGCCUCGUGGCCUUCACCGUCGUCAUGAUCCUCAACAUCACCCGCCUGUGUAUGAUGAGCAGCCACCUGAAGAAGACUGAGAAAGCCAUCAACGACUUCUUUAGGACAGAAGGGGCCGAGAAGCUGCAGAAGGCAUUCGAGAUCGCUAAGCGCAUCCCCAUUAUCACCUCAGCCAAAACCUUAGAGCUUGCCAAAGUGACCCAGUUCAAAACCAUGGAAUUUGCCCGGUACAUCGAAGAGCUUGCCAGAAGUGUGCCCCUGCCUCCCCUCAUCAUGAACUGCAGGACGAUCAUGGAGGAGAUCAUGGAAGUGGUCGGCCUAGAGGAGCAGGGGCAGAAUUUUGUGCGGCAUACCCCAGAAGGCCAGGAAGCCGCAGAUAGGGAUGAGGUCUACACAAUCCCCAACUCUCUGAAGCGAAGUGACUCCCCCACCGCCGACUCAGAUGCCUCGUCGUUGCAUGAACAGCCCCAGCAGAUUGCCAUCAAGGUUUCGGUUCACCCGCAGUCCAAAAAGGAUCAUGUGGAUGACCAGGAGGGCGGACAGUUUGAGGUCAGAGAUGAAGAGGAGACAGAACCAUCAGAGGAACACUCCCCAGAGACUGGAGAGCCUUCGACAGACAUAACGACCACGGAGCUGACGUCUGAAGAGGCGUCACCUGUAGAGGCGCCAGAGCGAGGCCUGCCACCAGCACACCUGGAAACGACAGAGCCAGCAGUGACAUGUGACAAAAACACCUGCAUUAUUUAUGAAAGCCAUGUCUAAUCUUAACUCCGAAAAGCUAUGCAUAUCAAGAAAAAUCAGGGGCUGCUCCUUGUAAUACAAAUGUAGUAUGCACUUGCCGCUAAGCCUUACCAGGAGACUCUCAUCCCUUAGUAGGAGUGAUGCCCCGUGAUAGGGAAGACACCUGCAUGGAGUUCAUGUGACUAGACUCACCCCGGUAGGAAAAGACGUGAGAAGUGCUGGGGCACAGAACUGAUAAGAUGGGGCAGAGGUCUGUCCACGUGAUCUGAAUUGUAGAGGCCAUUCUCUGCCAAAUCUCUUAAUUGGCGAUGCCCUUUUGGCCAAGAGUACACUCUUGUAAGACAUUCUGAGUUCAGGAGCCCUGUCUAAUGCACACUGCAUUGCUUUUCUUUGGAAAAUUAUAAGUCUGCUACAGUAGCAAAUGCUCAUCCAUGGGUUGGUUGCACUUUCUUCUCAGUUUUAAUCAUCUUCACGGUUCUUUUAUAGUAGAGUAGUUGUUAUUAAUAUUAAUAUUAAUUGCUCUUUCUGACGGAGCCUUUCAUGUCACCUUUGUCCUUAUUUUUUCUUAGUAUGUUUACCUCAGAGUCUUGGGUGUCAGUCACUGACACGGCUGAUAUCUAUGUCAUUUGUAAUGCUCCAAAGUAGUUAUUACACUUCUUUUUUCUAAUUUUCUCCUUAAAAAACAAAAACAAAAACCCGCACACCUAUGUUCAUACACUUUUCGUUUCCAAUGAAGCUGCUAUUGUGAAACUGAGAAAAACUUUGCCCCCAAAUAGCACUUUAACAGUCAAAUAAAAAAAAAAAAAGGUUACCUGUCCAGUUCUGAGAGCAGUUAGGUGAGCGCAGCUUGAGGUGAGGAGCAAGAUUAUAAAUGCUUAGAUAUACCCACAGCACUCAUAAAAAUGGUUUCCAUGGAAGUGCCCUCGCCCUCCAGAUGAAGACAGGUUCUUUACCUGGAAGAUGUAUUGCUUCCGAAGACAGAGGCCUUUGGUGAAUUCCUGUAGGUACAGCAUGUCUGCUUCCCAGAAGGCCUUGCAGGGCCCUUAGGGUGCUGUUCAGCUCAGCACUAGACCUAGGGCAGCAACUAGCCACUCUGUGAGGAGUGUAACCAGGUCCCCUUUAGACUGCAUGCUUAACUUGUUGAUUGUCGAAAGGCAACUUGCAAAAUUAGGAUAAUGACAUAGAGGAUUUUAUCCUGAAGUGAUUGGAUUCUUUGGCCAAAAUGCAGUGUGUAAGGCAGCUUGAUAUUAGAGAACCAAGACAAUCCAGCCAUCCAUAGAUUUAAUUCUUGACUGUGCCAAUAACCAACCAGCUGCCAGGCUUUUAGCAAAUCUGGGCCUUGAUUUUAAAACUCCUCUCUGUAAGAGAGGGCAAGCUGGCAUGAGCUCUGAGUGCUGCUCUUUUUCCAUGGCAUCACAUUCAAAGAAAGAACCCAAAAGUAAAACUUUUUAUUUUUAUUUAAUUUUUUUUUUUUUUUACUUUUUUCACAAUUGUUUUAAAGAUUUUUGUUUUCAUCUCUGGGUUCCCAUGCCAUUUUGAUGCCCUGUUACUUACUCAAAUGAAAGAGAUCAUAGCAUCUUCAACAAAUUCUGGAACUUUUCCCCUCCAAAAAAUAAUGUGUCCCACUUCUACAAUUUAGAUUUAAUGGUAAGAAUGAUGAGUGCUGUGAUUUUAUUUUCAGACACAAACAAGGGAGACUGAAACCUAAAAGAAUGUAUCAGAGUCAAGGCCAUCUCAAGGGUGAUGGGUGUGACAGGCUUGUGACGUCAGAGGUCUCAUGGGUUGUCAGAACAACCCCAGAUGUUUAGUAAUCACCCCUCUAUCAGAGGAAAUGUCCUUGGACAUCCUUUCUUACUGAGGCUUUGAUCAUUUCAUUUGAGUGUGAAUAGAAUAUGCAAGUAAUGGUCAGUAGCCUAGAUGACCCCUUGAAGCUCAUUUAGAAUCUUGUGGAAAGUCUUCAAACUGUAAUAACCCUUAAGUCAAUAGGAACAGCUUAUGUGGUACAUACUUUACUGUGGGUGCAUCUGUAACUGAGGGUAGCAGGGUUGACUAUACUAAUGACCAUGACAGGCUUAUAGACAAUCCAUGUGCAAAGCAAUCUGACGGGAUUUGGAGUUUGACCGAUUUCCCUUUAAGAGGAAUUCUUUAUUGGCACCUAGUUGAAAAGUCUUAUGGGUCACCUGAAGAAACUUGUAGCCUGCAUCCAUAAGGAGCCAGGACUUCUUGUGGGGCUCUCUGGUUCUAUAAAGUCACAUUGAAGAAAAGUUUUAGUCCCAGCUCUUGCAAUAUACAGAUUCCAUGACUGUCAUGGAAUUGACAAAUGCUUGCUUUUGACAUAGAUACCCAGAGUAACAACAGGGACUGACUAGUGAAUCUUCUGUGAUGAUAUGUGAACUCUGUUCUCCUCAAUUCUCAGUCCAUCCAAGCCCAUGUGCAGACUUCCCCAUGGAAAGUGGAGGGCAAGGUAUCCAUGCCAUACAGACACUGAUUAAGGAUAAUAAGCUAAAGUAGGCAGAUUUAGCAAGAGCUAAAAUAUAUGACCAAAGAAUGUGUCCAGAUUGAUUUUGAUUCUUUAGACUGAAGUGGGAUAGAGAACAAGUGGAUGAUUUUCAAACCUCCCUCUUUAAGGUAUCAAAUGUUCUCGGUAUAACAGUAUCCAACCUUAAAGGGAACUUGGCUUGGUAUGGAAUUUGUCCAUCCGGAAAUUCUAUGCUCUUGCUGCCCCUCCACAGGACCUUCCCAAAUGAGAACAGCCUCAUACUAGAAUAUGAAAGGUGGAAGACCUCAUAACACUCAGCUGAUAGUUUCCCCAAAACAGGGAACCAUUCAGGUUCUUAGAAUCAUUCAUGGAGUUCCAUUGAACACAGAUGCACGCAUGCUUGUGCACAAUGGACUCGUUUGGAGCACUUUUAAAAGCUCAACACUCAAUCCCAACCUAUGUAUGUCCUUUGGGUCUUCUAUAGUCAUUCUUAAAAAAAAAAAUCAGUUUCUAGUUUCUGAGUCAUCCUAGUCAUACCUCUAGCAAUUUUUUUUCUUGAAAUUCUGAAAAUGAUUCACAUACAUAUGCAUAUUUAAUUCUCUUAGAUGGUCUAUAAACUUGGAUGGUAUUUAUUCUAAAUGGGAAAAAUACCCAAAAUUUUAUAUGGGGAAAAAAAUCUAUGUAAUUUAUAAUGUUUUGUUUUAUAUAUUUAUAUUUUCAUAUCUUUAGGGCACAUCUGUUGUUCUCAUCUUUUUUGUACAUCACAGUUGGCAAAAAGAAAUGCUAAUACUUGACUAAAAUCUCUAGGAACCAAAUGUGAUCUAUGUGAUACAUACUGUAUAUAAAUUGCUCUGGAAAUAUCUGAAUGUUCUCACCCAUGCCAAGCAUUGUUGUUUCGUGCCAUUAUGGCCAGAACGUCUGGGGUGCUCACGAACAUUACUUUUUCACAGGGAAGACUGAAAGGCCGGAUAGCCCACUCAAUGGAUUUGGGAAUCUCUUUUCCUUCUUUAUCUUGUUUGUUUCUUCCUUAACUGGACACGUCCUUGUGAAGGGCAAAUGGGAGAUGAUGAGAAAGGAACGUGAAUGAAUCUAGUUAUGAAUAUGUAAGCCACAUUAACAGACUGAGAACAUGCGUUAAAUCCCAUGCCUGGGUUGUCAUUCCCUGGUGACAGAGCAUUUCCUUAGCUCUGUGGCACACAGAGUGUAGAGCAUGAAGAAUGCUUGCAUGUUUUGAGUAGGCACAGUGGAUACGUAGUGCAGCCGCUCUUGGGGACUAUGGGGACACCCAUCUGGCACUGGAAGAAAUGUUUUAGAAAAACAAGUCAAUUAUCUUUUCUUUCGUGGUUUGAAGGAGGAUGUUUAUUCUGUGUUAGAACCUUUAAAUGGCAGUCCCAAUGGUUAGCUUAACUGGGGAUAUCCGUGUUUUCAUUUGGUAAGAAAUGGAGCAUUAAAGUCUAUUUCAAACACUAUUUUUUCAGCACAUUCUUGACUGCUAUCCUUCAUGUCUUCACGCAUCCUCUCACCACCCCUCCCCCCAAGUAAUCCCCAUUUCUAUUGUUACUCCUUAAACACUUACUGAAACUCUUUAACUAUCAACCAAACUUCAUUAUAUAUUCACACACCUAGCUUUGAACAUGUGUUAACUUUAAGAUAUCGAUUUUACAUUUCACCAUUAAAGCCUUCAAACCAUUAACAAAAUUCAUUUUCUUAAUGACCUCUUUAUGAUUUCUUCAGAGAUUAACAGGUUUUGACAAAACAAAUCAUUUAUUGGUAAAAAUCAUCAAAUAGAACAGAAUUACUUAUAUUUUCCAAAAGGCUAGGUAUUUGACUAUUAUACAAGAAAAUCUCAUGUGAGAAAGAUGCUCUUUAAAUGACUUUUUUUUCUCAAAUAUAAAUGUAAAGGGGCUAACGCUGAGAAUGCUUCAAUCAUUAAAGAUAGAUAGAAUAAAAGUAGAAAGGAAGUCAUUCUAAGAAUAUUAUGGAAUAAAUUAAUUUUAUUAUUUAACUCAUUAUAAAAGCCUCAAGAUGUCUCUUUCUAAUAUUACAGAACCACGAACAGUGAGUUCGUUUCAGAGAAUAUGUUUGCAUCUAUGUUUGGUUUACUGUGCUUCACUAGUUCUGAACAUCCUUUGUGAGACCGGAAAAUGAGAUGGAAAAAUGUGUCAGGAAGAAAUACGAAAUAAUUCAAAGCUAUAAACAAAUGACUAAGGUAUACGUUGAUAUCACUGUAAUAAGAUGAAAACAUGAUGUGUGAUCCAUCCUGUAGUCUGAUUGUUGCUUCAAUAAAGGGUUUACACAGG